AUGCAACAGAAUAUAACCUAUAUACCAUAUGAAAAAUUAACUAAUAUAGAAAGAAUUGAUGAAACAUCUGACGUCGCAAAAAAAGCACUUAAUUUAGAUAAAGGAGAAUACAUUGUUUAUAAAGAAUUUGACAAUAAAUUUGAUGAAUUUAAACAUGAAUUAAAUAUUAUAACAUCUUUUAUAACAUCUUUAAAAAGGAAUAAAAAUAUAAUCAAGUUUAUAGGCGUUAGUGAAGACAAGGAAAAUAGCAUUUAUUAUAUUAUAAUGGAGUAUGCAGAAGAAGGUAAUUUAAGGCAUUAUUUGAAAAAUAAACCUGAUUUUGAGAAACAAUUACAGUUGGCCCACAAUAUUACAAGUGGGUUGGUCUAUUUGCAUUCUGAUCUGAUUCAGCAUGAUAAAAAUAUCGUAAUCUCUCACGGAAGAGCCAAAAUAAUAGACUUUGGCAACUCAAUACAUUCUGAAAAUCAAAAGAAUAAUAAACAUAUAGGAUGUCUUCCUUUUAUGGCACCAGAAUUACUUAAAGACCCAAAUAACAUUGAAUAUACCAAAAAAGAAAAGAACAUUGCCAGUACUCAUAAUGAGUAUCUUACACUUUAUAGAAAUUGUUGGGAAGAUUCUCCAAAUAAGAGGCCAAACAUUGAAGAUGUUGAGU